AUGUCUAUAACGUCUGAUGCGUCGACCCUGGGGGUGACCAUUCGCGAGAUCGCAGGUCAUCCAGAAAAGCGCACGAUGCUUGUGGAAGAUUGCGUUAAACAAGUUAAAGAGCUUCAGCGAAAAAAUCUUCAAGAGUAUGAAAAUGCUAUUUCAUCUUUGCUAAUGUGUUUGGAAAGCUUUGAUGUAGUUGGAGGGGAUGCAAAUGAGGUGACUUGCGCCCUCACUGCGUUAGAUAUAUUACUUAAGCUUGAUUUGACAACUAGUCAAGUCUCUCAGUGUAAUAGCUACGUUCGCCUUUGUCUUUGUGCAGUAAAUAGUACAUCUCUCGCAGUGGAAGCUUCUGAAACAUUUGUCAAGACGCUAGUUAACUGUAUGACAUCAGAUUUUGUUCGAAGUCAGAUAGAUGAUGCACUUUCAUGGAUUGAGUUGACAGAACCUAAUAUGGUAGCGAGACGUUUAUGUGGUUUACUUCUUCUGAAAGAGGUAGCUCUUCGAUUACCUAUGUUUAUACUUCCAAAAGUGAAUAACCUAUUUGAAAAGUUAUGGAGCGGUUUGGCUUCAUCUCAUGAGAUGAUACGAAAUACAUCCUUACAGCUCUUUAAAAUAAGUGGGAAAUUACUGAGUAAUCGGUCUCCCACACUUAGGGCAAAAACUUUGGAUACUUUACUUCAUCAACUCAAAUCCAAUCUUGCAGCAAAAUCAAGAGAAAGUAAUAUGGCUGGUUUACUAGCUUUUGAAACAGUGGUUAUGAGUUCUAUAGGUAGUUCUUCACAACCAAGGUAUGAAGAUGUUUCAAUCAUGCUGGUGCCAUAUGUGAUGAGUGGAGGUUCAAGUACUAGUUCUGAGCUUGUAAGAAAACUUCUCUUCCGUUGUUUGGUCGUUUUAUGUCGUUAUAGUACUACAUUAUUUAUAACCAAUCAACUAAAAGAUACUGUUAAUUUUACUCUAAAAUCUAUUCAAAAUCUUUUUCAACAUUGUGCCGCCUUUGAUAUGCUAAGUGAUAUUAUACCUAUGGUUGGUAGGAGAGCUUUUGCACCAUUUGUAAAAGAAACAUGUGAUGCAAUACGAUUUGUAUCUGAAAAAUCACCAACACCAUGCUGGGAAUCACUUAAAUGUUUUUCUGUAAUUUGUCGUGAAUGUCAACCUGCAGAUGUUGAAGUUUAUAUAGAUUCUUGUAUUGAAAACGUUUUUAAAUGGGGAUUGUCAUCGCAAUUAAUUGAAUGUAUGCGAGACAUUAUUACCUUUACUAGUGCAAAGUAUCGAACAAAACUUGAGGAAGAUUUACUUGAUAUGAUAUCUGUGACUCUAUGUGGUCUUCCAUUUAGGCAACACCCUGGAGUGAAAAUGCAUACAGCUAUUCAUCCUGAAUCUGAUCCUACAGAAAGCCAAAUUGUAGUUGCACUUAGUGCAUUAAGACAAUUUGGAUUUUCAAAUUCUGAACUUAUGGGUGAUUUCCUUCGUGAUUCAGUUCUUCCUCUUAUUGAUAGCAAUAAUAUUUCAGUACGAAACGCUGCUAUUCGGACAAUAGUUACCUUAUUAAUUCCAAAUGGUGUAAAAGGAGAAUUAACAAUGGCUAGAAGAAUAUGUGUAGAUAUGAUUGUUUCUCGUAUGCUUUUAGUAGGAUUAGCUAAUCCUGAUCCAGUAAUACGAGAAACUGUAUUGUCAUCUUUUACACCACCUUUUUAUCCAUAUCUUAGUGAAAUGCAGUUUUUAACUCAACUUUACGCGGCACUUGGAGACGAAGCUAUUAGUUGUCGUGUUGCUGCAACAGAAUUACUUUGCCGUUUGAUUGAUCAUGAUCCUUCACAUAUUUUACCAAUACUUCGAAAAGAAAUGCUUCAAAUAUUAUAUGCAAUAUCUGAAAGCCAAAAUGUAAUUGCCGUACAAAAUGGACUUCAACUUUUAGAUGCUUUUGCAUCUAAUGCGCCACAGUUCGUAGUAAAUUUUUCAGAUGGUAUAGUUAAAGCUGUUAGACAUCAUUUUUUGUCUCUUAGCAUACAUUCAACUCUUUCACAAUCUCUUCUUCGUUCUUGUACUUCUGUGGCUCGAGCAGCUCGUUUUUUUGGACGUGUGGAAUUAGUUUUUACAGUUGAAGUAGGAAGAGUAUGUGAGUUUUUAGACUCUCUACCUCUUGAUGCAGAGUUUGUUACCUUACGUUUAUGGUGUUUACGUUUCCUUGAUGUCACACUCUCUCCACAAAUGGGUGGUCGUCCACCAUAUGAUUUAUAUCCUUAUUUAUAUCGACAACUCUCCGGUAUCUUAAAAAAUAGUGAUGAUGACUUGAAUGUACGUCUUGAAGCAUUACGAUGUGCUGGAAGUAUUGGUGCAUUAGACACAAAUAUUUUUCAUUCACUAGGUAUUGAUCAAGUUACGAAACAAAGUAAACUUGAUCGAAGUGCUCCAAAUGUACUUACACAUGCAAUGUGUUGUCGUUUUAUUUUACGUGCUAUCGCCACAUUAUUAGACCCUAAUGAGAAAAGAUUUUCAGGAAGUAGAGAUGGUUUAUUACGGGUAGGAAUUCAAACUAUUUUAAACAUUGGUGAACGUUGUCCAUGUUCUCGUGCUGAAAUGAAUGUUGUUAUUUCACCUGUAGUUCGUGCUGCCAGUGAAUUAAGAGGUGAUAGAUUACUUGGUACUGUUUUGUAUGAAUUAACACAUAUUAUAAAAUAUGUAGGUGUAGCAGUUCUUUCUGAUGUUGAUGUUCUUUAUAAUUUUUUUGAAGAUGUUUGGGUAAAGUGUCCUACGUAUCGUUUUCUUACUGUACGUCUUGCGUCUACAGUUGCAAAUUUUGAGGUUGAGGGUCACCAGGUGUUUAGAGAUAUUAAUGCUCAUAUACUUCCUAUAAAAUUUGAUGCUCUUAAUGAUGAUGAUUCUUCAGAAUAUUUGAGGUAUGCUAUUAUUGAGUAUAUUGUUAAACACACUGAUGCACUUCAGGCAUAUACUCAAAUGGUAGUUACAAAUUUACUUAGAGCUACACAAAGAAAUUCUAUUGAUUUUGUCAUUUGUGUUGUUACUGCUCUUCGUGUGGUGUGUUGGAGGAUAAGUGUAGAUGAACUUGCUGGUGUUAUCGUUCGUGGACUUCUUACAAGUUUAAGACAACAUUUUUCUUCGUUGACAAGAGUUACUGAAGUUACUACAUUUUCAAAUAGAAUUAUGAGUGUUUUUUCAGUACUUAUUGUACAAAUGCAGGGAGAGUUUAUAAAAUACUCUUCUGAAAUUCUGAGAACUCUUAAAACGCUUCGCAUUUCAAAUACAGAGUUUAUGACUCUUCAUGGACUAGUAGUAAAAGGUUUUCGUUGUGUAUUAAGUGAGAGUUCUUUAUCAGAACAUCAUGACCAAUUACUUCGUCUACUUAAAAAAUGUGAAUCUAUGGCCCUUCGUGGGAUUUUACGAUUAGGUGAUGUUUGGAGUCCAACGACUAAUGUUGAAGAUACCUCUAGUGCGUUUAGUGAUGAUGAACGACCGCUUCCUUUUUCAGAACAACGUAUUAUUCUCAACACCAAAGCUCUUCCUCUUGCGAAGGAGGAGUGGCUUAAGUGGAUUGACCAUUUUUCUAUAGUGAUUAUGCAAGAAUCACCGUACCGCGUAUUCCGCUGUGUCUCACUGCCCAUUGGCACCAACGCGACGCCGCUGGUGGAGCGAUCCCCGCAGUUCACGCAAGACAUCAUGCGACUGGCAUUUCGCACGCUGUGGAACUUCAGCAGCGCCGGCGUGCGUGCCUCCAUCGCGGACUUCUUCCGGCAGACACUCCAGCAGCCGCUGCGCUCCUCGGCGGUGCCCGACGACGUCAUCACCGCCCUUCUCUCCCUCACGGAGUACAUGGACAUCGUCGGCACAACACUUCCUAUUGCCGCCGGCGAUCUCUUCGAGUGUGCGUGGCGGCGGGGGAUGCUCGCCAAGGCACUCUACUGGUGCGAAGCCGCCUACCGCGAGGAGCCCGCCAGUGCCGUGGAGCCACUCAUCACUUUAUACUCUGAGUUGCACCAGGCGGACUCCGCCGUGAGUAUUCUUAAUGGAGCAAAUGAGAAUCAGAAGCGAUAUCUUUUGCAGCAGUCUGGUCUCUUGAAAGUUGCAGGUUUUACAGAGACACUACGUCUAACGCAGUUUGAACUUGAUAAUGAAAUGGGAUGGUCAGAAAGUAGUAGUGAAGGUUUAGCAAAACCAUUACCUUAUAGAUCAAAGACGUUACGUAAGGUUCGAGGUAUUUCUGGUAAAUCUUUUUCUGAAGUCAAUACCUCUUUUCGAAGUGAAGAUGGAACAUUAGAUCUGCAACUAGAACGUGAAACACGACAAAUGUUAAGCUUAAGUGAAUUUGGAGAUUAUGAUAAAGUACUUGAAAAAUGGACUUUAUUAUUUAAAAAACAAAAUGAGAAGGAAGUAGAAAAUGAAGAAAAUAUUCUUACUUAUGUAUCACAAUACGCCGCUGAUGCUUCUAUACGACUACAAUCAUGGAAUACUUUAGAAGAAUCUUUACAUUGGUUACCACAAGAUAGUGUAUUAUAUCAUAUCUCACUUGCCGCAAUGAAUAUCCACAAAGGUGAAUAUGAUAAUGCCAUGUUAGCUGUAAAUGAAGGACGUAAGUUGUUAUUAGAAGAUCUAUCAGGACUUUUACAUGAAUCUUAUACAAGAGCAUAUGAAGGACUUGUGGUUGCACAACAACUCUCAGAGUUGGAAGAAGUUGUAGUUGCUAAACGUUCAAUAGAAGCAUCUUCUAUGCGACAACUUGGACGUAUCUCACGUUUAUGGAAUCAACGUAUCGAAAUGAUGUCACCAACAGUUACAGUUUGGAAAAAAGUUCUUGGAGUAAGAGGAUUACUUAUCCCACCAAGUGAAGAUAUCACGGUGCGAUUGAAAUUUGUAAAGUUGUGUAGGCGUGAAAAGGCAAAACAGUUAGAACGUUUUACACUUGGUCAAUUACUUGGUUAUCGUUGUCCAACUUAUGAACAACUGAUGAGUCGGAACUCAAAUCCUAGUGUGGUGAUGCAGUAUAUUAUUUUUCUAUCUGCAAAUGGAGAACUUGGACCGAAAAGUCCAUAUGGUCUUGAAAGUGAUCUUCUUAAAAAAAUGAUUGACACACAUUCUAAGGCUGAGAAUGCGGUUUUACUUUCUAGAGCUUAUGCCCGUCUUGGAAAAAAUGCAAAAUUGGAAGAAGCUGUUGAAUGCUAUAAAGCUGCAACAUUAUACGACCCUAAUUGGUUUCACGCCUGGCGUAUGUACGCAGAGACGAAUGUAGAAUUGCUUGAUAUAGCUUACUCUGAUAGUGCUUGUGCUGCUGCAAUUGAAGGAUAUAUUAAGAGUAUUGAAGUAGGAAAUUCUGAUUCAACAAUGAUUCAAGAUGUCUUAAAACUCCUUACACUAUUGAGUCGUCACUGUGAUCAUGAAAGUGGUUUAAAAGAAAUGCGAAAACGUGUAUUAGAUCUUUCAUCACGUGCAUGGCACUUGGUAGUACCACAGCUUAUUGCUCGAUUAGAUUCGGGAUCAGAUGGUAGUUGUCAACUUGUAGCGGAUAUUCUUACUUCUGUAGCCUUUGAUUUCCCACUUUCUCUUAUUUAUCCAUUAAAUUUAUGUGCCAUGUCAGACUCUGAACGACGUAAAAAAUGGGCUAAUACUAUUCUUGAAAAAUUACAAAAUAAAUACCCAGUUAUUGUUCUUCAAGGUCGUAUAUUAGUGGAUGAAUUACUUCGAUUAUCAGAGUUAAUAUAUGAAGAAUGGUAUGAUCAAUUCGAAGCUGCCGCUACUGCUUUUUUUGGUCGUCGAAACUAUCAUGAGAUGGUAGAAAUUCUUUUACCAUUACAUGAAAAACUUAAUCGAGCUCCUGAAACCAUAGUUGAAGCUGAAUUUAUCUGUAAAUACAGUAGUAGUCUUGAUGAAGCACAAGGUUGGGUGUGUUCUUAUUUACAAUCAGGUUCAAUUGCAGAUCUUCAUUCUGCUUGGCAUAUUUAUCAUGGUGUAUACCGACAAAUUGAUGAGCAAAUUAAGUCUCAUAAUCGAUUGCAUUUACCAUUUUGUAGCCCAAAAUUAUUUGAGGCACGAAAUCUUGCAGUGGGAAUACCUGAUGCUAUGCCUGUAGAAGAAGGUUCUGUAAGUUGUAUUGCUUCUUUUAACGAUACUCUUGUUGUAAUUUCUAGUAAACAAAGACCGAAACGUUUGAGUGUUAUUACAGUAGAAGGGAAAAAACAAAAGUAUCUUCUUAAAGGUCGUGAAGAUUUACGACUUGAUGAACGAGUUAUGCAACUUUUUCGACUUGUGAAUACAUUAAUGAUGUCUGAUUCUAGGACCUGUAAGAACUCUGGAUUUCUUAUUCAACGAUAUUCUGUAACCCCGUUAAAGGAUACGGUUGGACUUAUUGGUUGGGUAAGUGGAUGCGAUACACUUCAUGAAUUAGUUAAAAAAUACCGAGUAUCUAGAGGUAUUCCCUCUGAGUUGGAAUUUCGAAUGCUUAAUCAGAUUCUUGUUUAUGAUAACCCAAAGGCGUAUGAUUAUCUUACUGUAAUGUCUAAAGUAGAAGUUAUGGAAUUUCUUGCGGAUCAUACAUCAGGUCAUGAUAUUCGAAAGGCUAUGUGGGCUUCAGCUGCUAGUUGUGAAACAUGGUUAGAACAACGGCAAGUGUACACAACAUCUUUGUCAACUACAAGCGUAGUAGGUUAUAUCCUAGGACUCGGUGAUCGUCAUCCCAAUAAUAUUAUGAUUCAACGAACAUCAGGUCUUAUAGUUCAUAUUGACUUUGGUGAUUGCUUUGAAGUUGCUAUGACACGUGAUAAAUUUCCUGAAAAAGUUCCAUUCAGACUAACCCGAAUGUUACGAAAUGCUUUAGAUGUUUCUGGUGUUAAUGGGUCAUAUCGUACUACAGCAGAGACAGCAAUGUGGGUAUUGCGUGAUGGAUGUCAUAGUGUUCUUGCUAUACUUGAGGCUUUCAUUCAAGAUCCCCUUAUCUCAUGGCGGUUAAUGAACCAUCCAGGGGAGGAACCAGAACCAUCAAAUGAUCAUCGAACUAUAGAAGAACAGUUACGAACGGUUCGUAUACAGUCACAUGCCGCUUAUCCAGUUGGAGCUCCUAGAGAUAGCACUUCUACUGAGGCUAUAAAAUAUGUAGACACCACUUCUAUGCAUGAAGAAGUAGAUAUGCUUCACAAAGGUGUUACUAUUUUUCAACGUGUUCGGUCAAAAUUACAGGGGAAUGAUUUUUUGCAGACAGAAGGGUCAGGAGUAAGUAUGGAUCCGAAGGUUCAAGUUGCUCGACUUAUAGUAGAAGCGACAGAUAUAACCAAUGUUGCACAGUCGUGGUCCGGUUGGUAUCCAUUUUGGUAA